AUGAAAAGUAUUAAUAGUCAGACUAUUAGCAAUCUACUAAGAAUAUCUAGAGUUAUGACUACUACUAAGGUAACACCUGCACCAACUCCUACCAGUGUCGCUACUGACUCAGUGCUGGUAAAUCCUAAACUAACUGGGCGCCAGUUAUACAAUGCCAUGGGUCAACCAAAAACUAUUGUUGCCCCCAUGGUUGACCAAUCAGAAUUGGCAUGGAGAAUAUUGUCUCGCCGUUAUGGUGCUCAACUAUGCUAUACCCCAAUGUUUCAUGCUAAAUUAUUUGCUACUCAAGAAAAGUAUCGUAACUCAAUGUGGACCACUAACUUGGAUGGAAAUCAAACUUUAGAUCGACCUUUAGUUGUACAGUUUUGUGCUAACGAUCCCGAUUAUCUAUUACAGGCAGCUAAACUAAUUGAAGAUGAAUGUGAUGCUAUAGAUUUGAAUUUGGGCUGUCCUCAAGGGAUUGCUAGAAAGGGGAAAUACGGGGCAUUUUUAAUGGAUGAUUGGGAUUUAGUUUAUAAAUUGAUUAAAAACUUACAUGACAAUUUGUCUAUCCCCGUAACAGCAAAGAUUCGUAUUUAUGAUGAUUAUGAGAAAUCGUUAAAAUAUGCUAAAAUGGUAUUAGAUGCUGGUGCCCAAUUUAUUACUGUACAUGGUAGAACCAGGGAAAUGAAAGGUCAAGCUACAGGGUUGGCCAAUUGGAAAAUUUUGAAAUAUUUACGUGAUAAUUUACCGCAGGACCAAGUGUUUUUCAGCAACGGCAAUGUCUUGUACCCAUCAGAUUUACAACGGUGUCAACUGGAAACAUCAUGUGAUGCCGUGAUGUCUGCUGAAGGAAAUCUAUAUAACCCAGGUGUUUUUUGGACUUUGGAUGAUAACAAGGACAAGCAAUUUCCUCGAGUAGAUAAAAUUCUUCGAGAAUAUUUUGAAAUUGUCAAAGAAAAUUAUGAUAGUCUUGCGUCAAGGCAUGCUAUGAAGUCACAUUUUUUCAAAUUACUUCAUGCAUUUCUAGAAGUCCAUAAAGAGUUACGUCCUAUCAUUGGGAAAGCAAGCGUUAAUGGUCCUUUGGAUCAAUGGGAGCUGAUUGUUGUUAAAAUUGAAUCGUUGGUUGAAGAAAUCUAUAGCAACAACCCUGAUAUAGAAAAGCUAGAUGUUAUUACCGAUGGACCUAUAGAAGAUUGGGGUGGUCAUUAUAAAACUGUGCCAUAUUGGAGAUGUCAACCAUAUUUUAGAAAAGUUGAUGGUGUCAAACAAAACACAGCUCUUUUAAAAAUGGCUGGAGAGAAUGAAUUAAUUAAAUCAACCCCCCAAGCAAACAAAAGACAACUAGAGGACGAAUCAAAUGAUGACAACAACAGUAAACUCAAAAAACAAGCAACAUUAGUUCAAAACUAA